AUGCCACCGAAGAACAAGAAGGGUGCGAAGAAGCCGCUGAGGGACGACGACGAGUACUGGGAGUCACUGGCGAACAAGAGUGGCAAAGCGUCUCCUGCCGCUGCGAGCUCGCCUGCUGCUGGACAAGGUGGCGCCUCACCCGCUGCUUCAGACUCGGAGGACGAGGGUCGACCUGUCAAGCGCAGCGGGAAGAAGGGCGGGAAGGGAGGAGGGGGAGGGUUCGCGAGUUUCGCGGAUAUGAUGGUCGACGAGGGAGAGGAGGAGGACGAGCCCACUCCGGCGCCGCAGGUUGAGGCGGAGGAGGAGGAAGACGGGUUGUUGGCGAUGGCUAAGAAGGCUGCUUCGUCCAAAAAGGGAGGGAAGAAGGACAAGCGGAAGAAGAACGCCGUUACGGACGACGACUACGUCUUUGAUGAGCCUGCGCCCGCCGCCGCCGAGGAGCCUAAGGAGGAGGAGGUGGAUCUUGCGGCGCCUAGGGGCGCGGUGGAAGUGAAUGAUGAUUGGAUGGAAGAGGAGUUUGGACCUUCGAAGGGGAAGAAGGGGAAGGGCGGGAAGAAGGGCGGGAAGAAGCAGCAGCAGCAGGCGACCGAGGCGGAGGAUGCGGUCGAGGAAGUGACGAAGAAGGUUGAGGAGGUCAAGAUUGAGGAGAAGAAGGAGGAGACUGCGCCUGCUGUUGAUGCGGCGGACGAGGACGAGGAGGAGGGAGGGGAGGUAAAGAAGGUCUUGUCGAAGAAGGAGAAGGAGAAACUCAAGAAGGAGAAGGAGAAGGCAAAGAAGAAGGCCCAAGCCGCCGCCAAGAAGGCCUCCGAGCCCGCCCCUGCCGCCCCCUCUCCCUCAACCGAGACUCCCUCCGCCUCCGCCGCCGCACCCGCAGACGACGCCGCCGCCGACGAAGGAGGCGACGAGCCCUCUUCCUCGAAGAACAAGAAGAAAAAGAAGAAGAAGGCCGGUGCGGCUGAGCCCGUUGAAGAGGCGCCUGCUCCUGCAGCGGGUAAGAAGGGCAAGGGAGGUGGAGGACAGAUUGCGGCGUUGAGGGCCCUUAUGGAGGCGCAGCAGAAGGCGAGGGAGGAGGCGGAACGGGCGGCGGAAGAGGAGCGGAGGAGGAUUGAGGAGGAGGAGAAGAGGGCGGCGGAGGAGGAGAGGAGGAAGGAGGAGGCGAGGCAGGCGAAGAAAGAAAAGGAGAAGGCCAAGAAGGAACAGCUCAAGCGCGAAGGCAAGCUCCUCACGCCCAAGCAAAAAGCCGAGCGCGCCGCCGCCGAAGCACGUCGCCAGGCGCUCCUCGCCGCCGGAAACGUCACCAUCGCCGGCCUGCAGGAGAAGCCCGACCAGGGCCCGAAGAAGGUCUCGUACGGCAAGCGUGAGCGUGCGGGAGGUAAGAAGGCGCAGCAGACGGAGUCGCCGGCUGAGUCGAAGCCUGCGUCGCCUGAGCCGCCGAAGGAGGAGGUCAAGCCUGCGCCUGCCGCCGCGGAGGAGAAGAAGGACGAGGAAGACGAGGAGGAUGUCAAGGACAGCUGGGAUGCGUUGUCUGACGAGGAGAAGGAGGAUGUCAAGGAUAGCUGGGACGCGAGCAGUGACGAGGAGGACGAGAAGAAGGAGGAGAAGCCUGCUGCAGCGGCGAAGCCCGCCGCAAACGGCAAGGCUGCCGAGGCGAAGGGCAAGGCCGCUGCCAAGCCCGCUGCCGAGGAGUCGUCAGAAGAGGAGGACUCGGACGAGGACUCUGACUCUGGCUCAGACGACGACUCGGAUUCGGACGACGACUCGGACGAUGACAGCGAGGAGGAGAUGACCGCCGUCGAGCGGCAAGAGGCGAAGCGCAAGGCCGAGGCCAAAGCGCGCCGUCUCGCUCGCGACGAGCAGGCUCUGGCCGAGCGGAGCACGGAGAACCUUCGUUCGCCGAUUUGCGUCAUCAUGGGUCACGUCGACACGGGCAAGACCAAGCUGCUCGACAAGAUUCGUCAGACGAACGUCCAGGAGGGCGAGGCGGGAGGUAUCACGCAGCAGAUUGGCGCGACCUACUUCCCGAUGGACGCCAUCCAGAAGCGGACGCGGGUGCUCGGCGACGACGACCUCAAGGAGUACAAGCUUCCCGGUCUUCUCGUCAUCGACACGCCCGGUCACGAGUCGUUCACCAACCUCCGCCAGCGUGGUUCUUCGCUGUGUAACAUCGCUAUUCUCGUCGUCGACAUCAUGCACGGUCUCGAGCCGCAAACGCUCGAAUCAAUCCGACUGCUUCGCGAGGGCAAGACUCCCUUCAUCGUCGCGCUCAACAAGAUUGACCGACUGUACGGCUGGAACGCGAUGAAGGACGGCGGUUUCCGCCAGACGCUCGCCCAGCAGGAGCGCCCGGUUCAGCGCGAAUUCGAGAAGCGUCUCAACGAGACCGUCGUCGCCUUCGCCGAGCAGGGUCUCAACGCCGUGCCGUACUACGACAACAAGAACUUUGCGAAAUACGUCUCGCUCGUUCCGACCUCGGCGCACACCGGCGAAGGUGUUCCCGACUUGCUCAUGCUUCUCGUCAAGCUCACCCAGGAGCGUAUGGCCAACAACCUCAUGUACAUCUCGACGCUUCAGUGCACCGUCCUCGAGGUCAAGGUCAUCGAGGGUCUCGGUACGACGAUCGACGUUGUGCUCGUCAACGGAUACCUGCACGAAGGCGACAAGAUUGUCCUCUGCGGUCUCAACGGCGCCAUUGUUACGCAGGUUCGAGCACUGCUGACGCCGCAGCCGAUGAAGGAAUUGCGCAUCAAGGGCCAGUACGUCCACCACAAGCAGAUCAAGGCGGCGAUGGGUAUCAAGAUCGUCGCGCCCGACCUCGAGAAGGCGAUCGCUGGUUCGCGCCUGCUCGUCUGCGGCGAGGACGACGACGAGGACGAGCUGCGCGAGGAGGUCAUGUCGGACCUGACGAACCUCCUCAACUCGGUCGACACGAGCGGACGAGGUGUCUUCGUCCAGGCGUCGACUCUUGGUUCGCUCGAGGCUUUGCUCGAGUUCCUCAAGUCUGACGCUGUCAAGAUCCCGGUCGCCGGCAUCAACAUCGGUCCUGUGCACAAGAAGGACGUCAUGCGCUGUGCGACGAUGCUUGAGCGCGCGCCUGAACUCGCCGUCAUCCUCUGCUUCGACGUCGCGGUUGACAAGGACGCCGAGCGACAAGCGGAGGAGCUCGGCAUCAAGAUCUUCAAGGCCGACAUCAUCUACCACUUGUUCGACCAGUUCAUGGUGUACAAGCGGGGCGUUGAGGAGAAGAAGGAAGCUGAGGCUGCCGGCAAGGCCGUCUUCCCGUGCCGCCUCAAGAUCCUUGCAUGCUUUGCCCAGCGUGACCCCAUCAUUCUCGGCUGCGACAUCCUUGACGGAACGCUCCGUAUUGGCACGCCGCUGUGUGUCGUCAAGACCGACCCGAAGACCAAGAAGAAGGAGGUGAUCUCCCUCGGCAAGGUCACGUCACUCGAGAUCAACCACAAGUCCAAGGACAUCGUCAAGCGACACGAGGUCGGUGCCGGUGUUGCCGUCAAGAUCGAGCACGCUGCGUACGAAAGCGCGAAGCAGUACGGCCGUCACUUCGACGACAAGGACGAGGUCGUCUCGAUGGUCUCGCGCGAGUCGAUCGAUGUCCUCAAGGACGUCUUCCGCAAGCAAGUCUCGAUGGACGAGUGGCGACUAAUCAAGGCGCUCAAGGGCGAACUCGGCAUCCCUUAG